AUGGGCCUUCCUCCAUCACCAGCGGCUCCGGCACGUAUAAGAGAAACCGGGUGGACACUAAUGCCGGUGAUUGGGGGUAUGCUUGAUGCGCUUGUCCGAACUCUCGCUGUCAACUUUGCUCCUAUACGCGUCAAUGGUGUGGUCCCUGGUCCUGUAAUGACAGAGUUAUGGGGCGGAGGCCAGAAGCUCCCGGAAGCGAAAGCGAAAGCGAUCGCACAAGAUUAUAGUGGGAAAUUGUUGACUGGGGCCAUUGGCACCCCCGAGAACCUCGCCGAGGCUUAUAUCUAUCUGAUGAAGGAUCGAUACAUCACGGGACAGAUGACUCUAAGUGAUGGUGGGAGUUUGUUAAAGUAA